UACAAUUUCUGAUUCCAUUGUUGACCUUUCUGGUUUUCUAAAGCAUUUUCGACUUUUUUUCAUCAGCGCCUGCCAUUCGAUGUUAUUGUCAAGGUCUUUGGUUUGGACUUGUCUCUGGGCUUCAUUUGGGUUUAUUCACUUUUAUGGCAUCUAUGGACGCGACAGCUGAGCACCAAUCGAAACGCAAGACUGUGCAGCGAAAAGCAAAACAAAUGUAAGGAAAAGCACAACAGAGAGGAACAUGAACUGCGUUAGUUUGAAAAUGAAAUUGAAAACGUUACGCAUGCGUUUUCAAUGGCUCCAACGGGGGCAGGAGGAGCACAGGAGAGGGACUCUCUUCGCUGCUAUUGAAUGACACAAAGCAUUAGGAGAAAUAGUUGAUGCCGCGCAUAGACAAACGCACUGAAGUAAAUGGAAAAUUGCAUUCACAAAAGUGCAGCAGCUGGAAACGUGAGGUGAAGCAAAGCCAGAUGCCGCCUCCAUCUUCCUCUUGGACUUGGAUAACCCAAUGCCCCUUACGGCGCCUGCUUCACUGAGGAAAUGUGAUAUGUGCGCUCGCUCUGUCUGCUUUGUCAUCUCUUUCGUUUUUGUUUUUCUCUCGCGAAAGUCAAUAAAAGUGGGAAAGUCCACAGCGGCCUCGGUCAGAAGUUGUCCAGCUAUAAGCGUGUCCAAACGCCAGGAUUACCAAAUAGCAGCAGGAGCAGGAGACAGGACGCCAAAGAGAGAUAGGAGCAGAGGACUUUUGUCAUGUCCGCGCGCAUAUCGGUUGCCAUCUUGUGGCUCAUUGUGGCCAGGCUGGAAGGUAACACAGCGGCUGGCAACAGUGGCGAAAGGGUACACAUACGUCUGCACAUGCCGGAAGUUGUGCGCCAGCACACGCACUUCCACAAGGUCUACAAGCACUUCCCCCUUCCCGUGGCGCCACCACAACAACUGAUGCCCGUUGCCGCACCGCCCAUGGGCAAGCCGCAUGUCUCGCUGCUGGGCUACACGACAACGGCGAGCGGCAGCGGCGGCAUGGCGUCCAGCGUAAAGCAACUGAUGGCCACGGCCGACACGCCCAUGGCCAUGUCGAUGGCCACACUGAAGCCAAAGUAUGGGCCCGCUCUGUUUGACAACUACAACCAGCAGCAGGGGGCAGAGUUGAAGGCGACAUUACCAUCAACGACGCCAGCUACAGUGAAGCUUGGCAGCAGUUUGCAACAGCAAAUGGAAAUGGAAGCGGAGCCGGAGACUGAAACGGAACUGGAGCCGGAACUCGAGAACAAUGAGCUGCUCAAUGGCAACCUGAUGGCUGCCCUGCAGCGCGAAUAUCUAGCCAAGUUCACCGGCCGACAGCAAAAACGCAAGAAGGUCAAUCACUUGAACAAGCCGCAGAGCAGACCCAGACAGAAGCCGCAGCAGUUGCUGUCGAACAGCGAGGAGCAGUUCGACGAUUACCAGGACGAGAUGGACACGCGCUACGCGGAGCCAGAUGAGCCCAACGAACAGUAUCUGGAUGCAGCCAAAUCCUGGGCUGAGCUGGGCGAGAACGAGGACGACAGCGCCGCGGCAUUCAGUGGACAAAAUAAUGCGCUUAGUUCGGUCCCCAGUGUCGAUGAUUUCCUCAACGAAGUCAGCGGCAAGUCCUAUGCGCCCUACUAUGGCAGCAUGUACAAUCAAUAUGGCAGCACUGCAUACACGGACAGCAGAUACAACGAAUAUGGCAACACUGGCAGCAUGUACAAUGACUAUGACAACAUCGAUCCCACAGGCGGGUCUGUUUGGCAGGCCACGCCCACCGCUGCAUACAACAGCUAUUCGCGACCCACUCAGGCCACGCCCAUACGACCACGACCACGUCAGCGAGCACGGCCAAGCGCUCCGGCUACCAGCUCGACCAGUCCAGCACAGAAUGGCGGCAAAAUGAGAUACGUCAAGCUGACGACACGCAAGAAACGCAAGAAUCGCAUCAGAGCGAAAAGAUAUCGCAUUUAGAGAUAGGCUGCGCAGUUACUUAUUAACGGUUAGCAUACUUUUCUGAGUCACUCUGCAGUUGGAUCGGGCAUCUAAACUCAAACUUAGUAUUACCCACAUAUAAAUAUUG